AUGCCUCGUCCUCCGCGUCUCAAUUGGGAACAGCAUCGUCCCCAGAUCACCAGCUUGUACCAGUCUGGUGCAACCUCUCAGGCUAUUACAUCUUAUCUUCUUGAUGAAACCGGAGUCUCAAUCACUCCUACGCAUCUUCGUCGUCUUCUCCAGUCAUGGGGUGUACCGCGCCAGCGCCCUAGAACAGAAGUGACUCCUGACCUUAAGGAGCGAAUUGAAGCACUCUUCUUUCAGCAUGCCUUAACAGAUGCCGAGAUUGUAAAGGCUUUAGAACAAGAAGGAACGAAGAUCUCGAGUCGCAAAGUUCAGGAGAUUCGAUGGGAAAUUGGUUUAUACAGACGUCAUAACGCAGAGCAACUUGCAACUGCAAUGGCCGAAGUCCGCGAGUUCUUCGAAGGAGAGCGCACUACUACAAACAUUGUUCGCCAUAUGGGAUAUCGUUCCCUUUACGUCCAUAUGCGCCAGCGUUUCUUCAACAUCCCACGCGACUCUUUACGGGCAGUGUACGCUGAGUUUCACGAAGAUGCAAUUGCACAUCGUCGUGCCCGUGCUGAACGCAAGCGGUCUGGUUGGACUGUACCAGGCCCCAACUACAUCUGGUCCGUUGAUGGGUAUUUAUAUUGCAAGUUGGAAUACUUUGGUAUCGAGAUCUAUGCAGGGAUUGACGCGUACUCUCGAUACAUUACAUGGUUCUACAUCGGAGUCUCUGCAAGAACAGCUCGAAACGUCUUUGCACAGUACAUUGCUGUGCUAAGCUCUUACGGGUUUAUGCCGUUAGCUCUCCGUUCAGACCAUGGAGUUGAAACGACACUCCAUGCAGGGACACAGUACCUUCUCGCUUCCGAGAUGGAGUUCGCGGACUGCUUCAUCUACGGUGAUGGAACGAAGAAUGUAAAGAUUGAGCGGUGGUGGGGAGAAUUGUGUCAAGGUCGUUCAAUGUUCUGGCGAAACUUCUUUAGCCGGCUGCAAGAUGAAGGUCUCUUUUCUCGUACUCGGAUUGAAGAUCGCGUUGCAUUACUUUACUGGUAUAUGCCACGUAUCCGGUACGAGUUUAUAGACUUCGUCAAGCUUUGGAACAGUCAUCGUAUCCGAAAGCAACGCAACAGGACACACGUUGUGUCUGGCAAGCCAUAUUGUCUCUGGUCAUUCAGCAAGGCUACAGACUACCGUGUACCAGUACCGCCCGAAACGCUUGCAGAACUGCAGCGUAUUGUGGACUGGGACAAAGUAGAUCUCGACGAGUAUUUGCCUCCGAGGACAAUGGACACUUGUAACAACAUUGUUGCAUCCUGGGGUGAGCUGCCUAGUACUGUCUCUGAGGACCAACCAUACUUAGAGCAGUAUAUUCGGCUCAGGGAUCAGCUCAGAGACUAUAACAGGGCACAGACGGAACCACGGCUCUCUCUCGUUGAGCACCCUGUUGGAGGUCUUGAUCACAUUCGUUCCUUCUUCGACGAACAGCGUAUUGAUUUAGAUAGAGUGAAUCAGGUGGAGAGAGAGGAGAUUGGAACUGAUUUCUAA